AUGGAAAAGAAGUUGGUGGACUCUUUGAAGCUAACUAAGUCUUGGGAUGUGAUUGUUGCUAGUGAUACUAUGCUUGAGGUUCAUUCUUCUAUUUCUUUUUAUGUUGAUAUUGGUAGAAGGACUUGUUCUUGCCAUGAAUGGCAAUUGAAUAGUUUUCCUUGUUGUCAUGUUGUGCAUGCUUUGUGUAGUGGUGCUAGAGAUGUGUACGAUUUCAUUGAUCCUUUUUUUCAUGUGGAUUAUUUUAGAGAGUCAUACAAGGAAUCUGUUUAUCUAGUGCCUUCAAGUGAGAGAUUUGACUUUGAUGGUGUCGGUAAUUCGAUUAUCAAACCUCCUAUAACGAAGAAGCAGCCCGGGCGGAACAAGAAGAAGAUGAUACCUUCUAAGGGUGAGAAUGUGAAGCAAAUCAAGUGUGGGAGGUGCUUGAAAUAUGGGAAUCACAAUAAGAAGACGUGCAAGGCUUCUAUUUGA